CCCACACCCCAAGCUCUGCACAGCUCUUUCGCCGGUGAACGCUUGGUCGGACAGCGCGGGUGCCAUUUGGCGCAGUAUUGAGCUACAUCCGUCGACAAAGAGCGUCCUGUUAUUUAUUUAUCGUCGUGUUUGUGAGUUUUAUUUAAUACAUUUAGCCGUUAAACGUUCACAAUGAGUUCAAUCAACGUCAAAAAGCUGAAAGUUAACGAGCUGAAGGACGAGCUGAAAAAGCGUAAUCUGUCGGACAAGGGGCUGAAGGCCGAUCUGAUGGACCGCCUGCAGGCCGCGCUGGACGAGGAGGCCCUUGCCGGAGACUCUACGCUGAACCAGGACUCCUCGGCGGACGAGGGUGUCGGCCAGGCCGCCGACCAGGAGGGCAUGGGAGAGGAAGAAGAGGGCGAGGGCCCGAUAGAAGAAAGCAUGGAGGCCAACGAGGAUGAGGAAGAGGAGGAGGAGGAAGAGAGAGACGAGCCGGAAAAUGGGGGCGACGGUGAUGGCGUUGCCGAGGACGAAGAGAUGGGUGAGGGGGAAGAGGAUGGAGAUGAGGACGAUGAGAUGGAUCCCAUGCUCAAGGGAGAUGUCGACGACAUGGAAAAAAUAGACACGGAGGAUGGUGAGCCCGCGGACCAGGCUGCAGAGGGGGAUGCGGACAAAGACACGAAUGCUGAUCAGAAGAAUAAGAAGGGUGUUAAGAGACGCCGGGAGGAACAUGGAAGGGGCUACUUUGAAUUUAUUGAAGAGAACAAAUACAGCUGGGCCUCAUUUAAGUCUCCCGUGCCACCUCUGGAGGAAGAAGAUGAGGAGUUUGAUGACACAAAAGUCUGCCUUGAUACUUACAACUGCGACCUGCACUUCAAGGUGUCACGAGACCGUUACAGCGCCUCAUCUCUCACAAUGGAGAGUUUUGCUUACCUCUGGUCCGGAGGCAGGGGCACGUACGGUGUGAACAAGGGCAAAGCCUGCUUUGAGAUGAAGAUUGCAGAGAAAAUUCCUGUGAAGCACAUUUCAAGCAAGAACAUGGAGAUUCAUGACGUUCAGGUCGGCUGGUCCCUGUCCACUGGCACCCUCCUCCUUGGUGAGGAGGAACAUUCUUAUGCAUACUCUGGGAAAGGCAAGAAGACCACCAACUGUGUGACGGAGGACUUUGGAGAAACCUACGAGGAGAAUGAUGUCAUCUGCUGCCUUAUUGACUUUGAGGGGGAGGAGGUGGUGAUGUCCUUCUCCAAGAAUGGUGGCGAGCCGGCUGUCGCUUUCCAGAUAACCAAGGACUCUCUGAAUGGCCAGGCCCUUUUCCCCCAUGUCAUCUGCCACAAUUGUGCUGUGGAGUUCAACUUUGGCCAGAUGGAGACUCCUUACUUCCCUCAGCCCCAGGGCUACACCUUCCUGCAGCAGAUCCCCGUGGAUGACCGAGUCCGGGGGCUCAAGGGGCCACAGACCAAGGCUGACUGUGAGAUCAUUGUGAUGGUCGGCCUGCCAGGCUCAGGGAAGACUACAUGGGUGAAGAACCAUGUCCAGGAGAACCCUGGGAAAUACUACAUCCUGGGCAGUGACACCAUUGUGGACAAGAUGAUGAUCAACAGCCUGAAACGCCAGUCAAAGGACAUUACAAAACUGAGUGCCAUUUCCCAGCGAGCACCACUUUUCCUAGGAAAGUUUAUUGAGAUUGCUGCCCGCAAGAAGAGAAACUACAUCCUGGAUCAUACUAACCUGUCUGCCCCAGGCCAGAAGAGGAAGAUGUGCUUGUUUGCUGGCUUCCAGCGCAAGGCCGUGGUCGUCUGCCCCUCUGACGACGACUACAAGCAGAGAGUUCAGAAGAAGGUUGAGAGUGAUGGCAAAGAAGUGCCUGAGCACGCUGUCCUCAAAAUGAAAGGCUUCUACUCUCUGCCUGAAGAGGGGGAGAGCUUCAGCGAAGUCGUCUAUGCUGAGCUGCAGAAGGAGGAGGCCAGCAAGCUGCUGGAGCAGUACAAAGAAGAGAGCAAGACAGCUCUGCCAGCUGAGAAGAAACCCAACCAGGGAAGCACGACACCAAAAAGAGGCGGUGGCCUGCGCGGUGGCGGCAGGGGAGGCAAGAACCAGUUUGGCCGUGGUGGUGGACCUGGACAGAGAGGCGGCGGCCGCGGAGGCUUCCAGAACAGAGGCAACUUCAGAGGAGCUCCUGGCCCUCGCGGCGGCUUCAACCGUCCACCUCGUGGCUUCCUGCCUCCCCCAGCCUUCAGAGGAGGAUUCCAUAACCGUGGAAACUUCAGCAGGGGUGGUGGUCCCAUUCCCAGCCUGGGUGGAUCCCCCAGGGGCGGACCGAUGAGGGGUAACAUGGGACCCAGAGGGGGACCCAUGAGCAGAGGUGGCCCAAUGAACAGGGGAAACAUGAGCAGAGGAGGCGGAGCCAGCAUGCAUCGUGGUGGAUCCAGGGGACAUCACAACCAGUUCCAGCAGAGAGGCGGUGGUAGCCGUGGCAACUUUGGCAACUAUGGAAACAAGAAUGGCAACUUUGGUAACAACAGGAACAGCGGUAGCUAUGGCAACAGGAAUGGCAUGGACAAGGCCCAAGCCUUCAACCAGAGCUGGCAGCAAGGGUUCUGGAACCAGAAGCCGUGGAGUCAGCAGUAUCAGCCUGGAUAUUACUAAGACACUUGUAACAGACUGGUGGCCGACACUGAGACCCACCGCUAGCCACGGAACAUCCCUCCACCCCGCUUUUUUGAUUUUUCUUUUCUUUCCGAGAACCCACUUUUAAUAAUAUAAACCCACCAACUGACAACGAAGACGAACACGAUAUGGAGCGACAACAUUCCGCAUCAGAGAGGAGACCAGGCAACCUGAGUAUAAUUGAAGCUUUAUAUAUCUAUAUACACAUGUACAACGUGGGUUCGGUCUCAUUCGAUCAUCAGUUAAUUUCUUUUGUUGUAUAUUUCAUUAUAUAUAUUUUUUCACCACUUUUAAAUGACGUGCUUUUAAAAAAAAUCUCAUGUUUGUAAUAUCAGGAACCAGAAACAUUGCGCCAGCCCGGCAGAUUUUGAGAGAUUUUUUUUUUUUUUUUUUUUUUUCCCCCCCAGGGUUGUGCUUUUUAUCUGUGGUGUGAUUUUUAUUUUGCUUUUUUAUUACAAAAUUGUAAAUAUAUUUUUUUUUCUUUUCUUUUUUUUUUUGCGUAAUUUGUCUAAGAAGUUAAAAACGGUAAUGAUUGAAUAGAACCUUGGCUUAUUAGCGAGACGCAUGGUAGCUGAUUAUAUUGUUAGGCUGUACAUGUCAUUAGAGUCUGCUGUCAAACAGUUAAACCGAAGCAACAGAUGAUUUGUCUUUUGUUCCCAGUAUCAAACCUGUAACCUAAACUCCAUAGACCUACAAUAAACAGCUCGUUGGCUUUUUUACAUUCUUGCUGGCUUAUGACUUUUGAUUCAGUUCAAAGGUGUGUAAAAGACCUUUGAAUGGGCGAUGUCUGAGUUUGCUACUUCAAACAGUAAGGACAUCAGCCCCGCUACAAGCCCCAGUUUUCACCUCAUUAGCAAACUACUCCCUUCAAGUGUCCUGUCUUUGAUACGUCCUUCAGCUAUUCUAAUGUACACUGCUUUGAGAAAACAUUUUGGCCAAGCCAUUUUAAGGAUCUAAGUAAGCCAUUUUUAGUACAUUUUGCCUUUUUAAUUCAUUUGUUUGUUUUUAAAUAUAGGUCUUUUAAUUUGUGAGUUUAGUUUAAUUAGGGCACUGACUACGCUUGAUUCUCAGGAGGAAGUGUGGUUUUUAGAGUCUCUAUCAACUGUUCCUCUAGACUUCUGAAAAACAGCUAGCACUGACAAGUCCGAUGAAUUACAAACCAGAACCACAUUAACAGGUUUUUUUCCCAUUUAUAUUUCUGAUUUUAAAAUAGACUCCACUAUUUCAAUUUUUGUACAAAUUUGUGAUGAUGCUAGUUCAGCACAAAUGUGAUUGAAAGCAGGCAGGGUUACUCAUUUUCACCAGCAAACCUAAAGGGCUACACAGUGUCACAACACACCCACUACUAACACCACCAACAGUUCAUGAUGACCUUUUUAGACUGAUGGGAAAAGAACAAAAGUAACCUUUUUUUUUUCCAAUGUAAAGGCAUGUUUUAGAAGCACCCCAGAGUUCAUGUUGGUGACUGUGUGGCCCGGCAAUAAUGGCAGCUCCUCAUGCAACAGCUCAUAAUGUGCCACAUUAUCCUGGCAGAGGACGCCCUGCUUGUGUUUCAACACUAGAACAACGUCAGAGCUGGAAAACAGACCAUCACAGUAGAUCAGAUGAAAACCCAGUGGUGUGUGUUGAUUGUUUUUAUUUUUUACCUGCCCAUGUUGAUAUUUAAUAAACAUGUAAAUACGUUACCACUAUUUCAACCAUGCACGAAUGUUCAUUAAUUAAUUAAUUGACUUGGAGUAUUAACUGUAUUGUGAUUAAGAAAG